GGAAUUUGGUCGGGUUUGGGUGGAAUUUUGUAGCUACAGUCAGGUUUGGAUUCUGAACUUGGUUUGGACUUUGGACAGAGACUCGGGCUGUGUUCAGGUUGAGGUCAACGUUUUAGACUCGGCUGAAGCUCAAAUUUGACAGAACAGGAUGUAAAACCUGUCUGUAAAUUCGUUCAGUCAUGCAGGUGGCGCUUGUGUCGUGUGGAGAUGAAUCUGAUAUUCGGAACUCGUCAAAACAAGAGCUGUUACUCAUCCCUGGCUGUCAGCGAGCGUUCACACUUCAGCUUUCAAACUUCUAAACUGGAAACUCAAACUUCCAGUGCACAGUUUCCCCCGAGAGAUGAGUGUACUUCCCCCGUCCCACCGACCCUCCUGCCCCCUCCAGCUGGGCCCGCUGAACUAAGUCAUCGCUGGAGUGGAGGAUCAUGCAGAAUCGGUCAGAGACGGCGUUGGUGUUUGCCGGCUCAUUAGCGAUACGAGUCCCAGACCGGUGACCCCCGGGGCCGCUGCGGAGCGGAUCAGGAGAAAAUGGCUGCUGCUGUUUCAAGCUCGUGUUUGCACAUCUGUCGAGAGAGAGGGGGCUUAUCCAUCAUUCGUGCCUCGUCCACCGAGGUGGGUUAAGAUGAGUAUAACAAGCGAUGAAGUCAACUUUUUGGUCUACAGAUACCUCCAGGAAUCAGGUUUCUCCCACUCUGCGUUCACCUUUGGCAUCGAGAGCCACAUCAGCCAGUCCAACAUCAACGGCACGCUAGUGCCCCCUGCUGCCCUCAUCUCCAUACUGCAGAAGGGCCUCCAGUACGUGGAGGCUGAGAUCAGCAUUAAUGAGGAUGGGACAGUAUUUGACGGCCGGCCGAUCGAGUCUCUGUCUCUGAUUGAUGCGGUGAUGCCGGACGUGGUUCAGAGCCGUCAGCAGGCUUUCAGAGAGAAGCUGGCGCAGCAGCAGCAGGCCGGGGGCGGAUCGGCGGCGGCCUCGGGGGGUCAGACCAUCGCAAUAAAGAAUGGCGAGACCACCGUCAAUGGGCAGGAGAACGGCACACACGACUUGAAUAACCAUGCUGAGCCCAUGGAGGUGGACGGAGACGUGGAGAUUCCAGCUAGCAAGGCCACAGUUCUGCGGGGCCAUGAGUCGGAGGUGUUCAUCUGUGCCUGGAACCCCGUUAGCGACCUCUUAGCAUCUGGGUCGGGCGACUCAACAGCGCGGAUAUGGAACCUGAGUGAGAACAACAACAACAGCAGCUCCACCCAGCUGGUCCUGCGUCACUGCAUCCGUGAGGGCGGCCAGGACGUGCCCAGCAACAAGGACGUCACCUCGCUGGACUGGAACAGUGACGGUACUCUCUUAGCCACCGGGUCCUAUGAUGGAUUUGCAAGAAUAUGGACAAAAGACGGUAAUCUCGCCAGCACUUUGGGUCAACACAAAGGCCCUAUAUUUGCACUGAAGUGGAACAAGAAAGGGAACAGUAUUCUGAGCGCAGGAGUCGAUAAGACGACAAUCAUCUGGGACGCACACACAGGAGAGGCGAAGCAGCAGUUUCCCUUCCACUCAGCUCCGGCGCUGGACGUGGACUGGCAGAACAACACCACCUUCGCCUCCUGCAGUACAGACAUGUGCAUCCACGUGUGCCGGCUGGGCAGCGACAGGCCGCUCAAGACCUUCCAGGGACACACGAAUGAGGUGAACGCCAUCAAGUGGGACCCCAGUGGAACCCUGCUGGCUUCCUGCUCUGACGACAUGACGCUGAAGAUUUGGAGUAUGAAGCAGGACUCGUGUGUUCACGACCUCCAGGCCCACAGUAAAGAAAUCUACACCAUCAAAUGGAGUCCUACAGGCGCAGGCUCCAACAACCCCAACACCAACAUCCUGCUGGCCAGUGCGUCCUUCGACUCCACGGUGCGACUGUGGGAUGUGGACAGAGGCGUGUGCGUCCACACCCUGACCAGACACCAGGAGCCAGUCUACAGCGUGGCCUUCAGUCCGGACGGCAAGUUCCUGGCCAGCGGCUCCUUCGACAAGUGUGUCCACAUCUGGAGCACAGCAAGUGGAGCUCUGGUGAACAGCUACAGAGGAACUGGGGGUAUUUUUGAGGUCUGCUGGAACAGCACAGGGGACAAGGUCGGUGCCAGCGCGUCAGACGGCUCGGUGUGUGUUCUGGAUCUGCGGAAAUAGACGCCUGCCGGAGUGACGACGGAGCUGGAACUUCGCAGCUGAAUGCCUUUAUUACAUCCGAACUCUCCAUGAUCGCACGCAACCAAGACGGGGCCAUGAAGCAGGAACACGACUACGCCAAGAAGAGAAGAAUCCCAAAUGUUUAAAACCAAAUUGAAAGCAGAAGGGCUUGGAGCAGAGGGUGACCAAUCAGGCCAGGCCUUGGUCAGGGCCUGAGGGACGGAACCGGCGUCAGUUUGACUACGUUGGCGAAGCUGGAGGAGAUGUUAACGCUGACGUCUCCAGGCUCAUCGGCCCUGCUGUCCUCUGGCAGCGGCAGACCAGCGCACUAUUAGCCAAACAUUGAGAAUCUUACUUUCCCCACAGCGCAAGAGUGCAGGAGCGCAAGAGUGCGCAAGUCAGUUGCGCUGGUGUUCUUGUUCUCGAGCGAUUUCUCCUCAGUGGAGAGUGGAACAUGUUUGGAGAGACUUUGGCGGUUUAACCGAGCUGUUCUCCAUCUCAAGCACAUCAUUACUACUGAGAUCAGUGAAGAAACUCAGCUGCCGAGUGCUUUUUCAAACUUUUUAGCGGGAAAAAAAACUAAAUAUGUGGUGCCCUCUGGAUGUAAAUGUAACGAAUGUAUAGAUAUGUAAAUUAGAAGAAUACACAGAUUUUAUAUACUGUGUAUAUAUGUUUAUAUGCCGUGUACGUAGUCAUCGUCAUCCUCCUCCUGAAGCCUCGGCCUCGCGCUUUUGCUAACGCUACGUUUCUACUGGGUCAGAAUUUUGUCGAUCCCGUCUGCUGGGCUGCUGGUGAAGUUCAUAGCGCAGAAGCUGAAGACGUGUACUGUAUUUUAUGUGCCUCAGAAUCUUGAGAAAACGGUAGUUCUCAGCCCAGGUUCUAUUUCUCACACUGGUUUACAAGUGAAAUAAAGCCUUUUGGGAAUGUAGAUACACAUAUUAGAGCCCUAGAUGGCCAACAGGGGGCGCCGAGAAGGUGCCCAACAGACCCACAGCAUUGAUUUUCACUGAUUUUGAAGUUUUUCUUUAAGAUGACGUGACCAAAUCAAAUGUUUUGUUUUUGUUUGUUUGUUUUCUGCAAAGAACAUCUGUUUUUUUCUUAAUAUAAUGCAUUUUUGUUUGAAAUUUGAAAUAAAAAUCCAAAGUCUCACCAUCCGAGUCCACAAUA